AUGUCUUGCACCUGGUAUUGCUGUGACUGUCAGUUCGGCCCUCACAGCGUUGAGCUUCACAACACUUGCAUCGAAUGCGGUACUAUGCGCUGCGAUGACUGCUCCCUUGAGGUCAACACCCCCGACUGCAACACAACGCACAGCUGCUCUCAUGAAUUGCCCGCCUACCCAUCUACUCCUGUUCAGAGCUGCACCGGUACAUCAUUAAAUCAACUACGCACAACGGCGCCCAUCGCAAACAACACGACUUUUACUCCGGGUCUGUCGCUCGCCCAAGGUCUCAGUUCAGGAGGCCAUUCUGGAAUCAGGAACCAUGGCGCAACCUACAUGUAUUUUUGCUGCCAAUGCAAUGACGGACCCAAGGUCUACAACGUCCAGCCACGCUGCGUGAUGUGCAACCAUGUUGCUUGCAGCAAUUGCAUACCAGCAGGCAAGUAA